UUCAGUUGUUGUAGUUGUACUGCGCUAUCUUUGGUAAUGUCGUUGAUGCGAUUCCCUCAAGUUAUUCGAAUUUAUUCGACGUGUUUCGUCUGAAGAAGUCUGUGCUCCCAUUUUUUACGCCCUUCAACCUACGCGGCGAGUGACGGAGCUCUGUAUAUUCUUUUGAAGCAGUAAACAAUCCAAAUCACCAUUGUCAUCUCAGCAAAUGGGACUGGAGCAGAGCAGUCACUCUAGUGGCGGUUCCCUGAAAGUCGGAAAGGGCCGCCACACCAAGGCAUCGUCGCCUCGCCCCUCAAUUAGCUCGGACUCCGAUGUCCCCUACGUCUCGUCAACGGUGAACAACCCGAUCGGGGGUCACAGCAUCGUGGUUGUCAAGGAGGGAAGCGUGGAUGCUCAGACGGUGGAAAACGACGAGGACCUCAUCAAGCUGCAGUCCAUACCGCAGUUCUGGCCCAUCCUCAAGGGCAGCCUUCACAGCCCCAUCAUAUGUGACAGCGACGUGGGAGAGAGGCUAGACCAUCGCGCUGUCAACCGACUGGCCUCGCGGUACCAGGAGCACCUGAGGCAGUGUGCUGAAGUGGUCAGCACUGAGCAGAAUGCACUGGCGGCGAGAAUUCGAGAGAUUGACUAUGUGGUGUCCCAGCUGAGCACGAUGAUGACAGAGCGACAAAAGAAGUUUGGCAAGUACGUGGAGCAACUGCUGAAGGUGCAUGAACUCUCAAACCUCCUGCAGACGACGGAGAGUGCAUUGGCGAAAACAAUCGAGCAGCUGGAUCAACUUAAUCGACUGCUGCCUCCCGAUGAACAGCUGGAACCGUUCGUCAUGGUUACUGGCUGAGUGUUAGUGUUGUGAAACAUUUGUGAUGGUUUGGCCAUAAGAGACUGUAUGAGGCAGUGUGACACUACAUAGUUUGGCUGAGUGCUCGAGUGAAGUACCUAUAGUAUCAAGUGGUAAAUAAAAUCUUAUUUAAUCGAU